AUGGCCCCCGCUCCGCCCCCGGCCGCCUCUUUCUCACCCGCCGAGGUCCAGCAGCGCCUGGCGGCCGGCGCUUGCUGGGUCCGCUGCGGGGCCCGCCUCUACGACCUCACCGGCUUCUUGCGGCAGCACCCGGGGGGCGAGCAGCUGCUGUGGGCACGGGCUGGCGAGGAUGUUAGCGCCGACCUGGACGGGCCGCCGCACCGGCACUCGGCCAACGCGCGCCUCUGGCUCGAGCAGUACUACGUGGGCGAGCUGCAAGGAGACCCUCAGGGUCCCAUGGAGAAGGGGGCAGCAGCCUCUGCGAACACGCAGAAGAUAGACCCAGCAAUGGAGGCCAAGCUCAAAGUGGUAGAUUGGGAUAAGGACCUGGUAGACUGGCAGAAGCCCCUACUGUGGCAGGUAGGCCACUUGGGAGAGAAGUACGAUGAAUGGGUCCACCAGCCAGUGACCAGGCCCAUCCGCCUCUUCUACUCAGACUUCAUCGAGGCCCUCACCAAGACUGUCUGGUACAGUGUCCCCAUCAUCUGGAUGCCCCUGAUGCUGUACCUCAGUUGGUCCUACUACCGAACUUUUGCCCAGGGCAAUGUCCGACUCUUCGCUUCCUUCACCACAGAGUACUCAGUAGCCAUGCCUAAGUCCGUGUUCCCAGGCUUCUUCGUGCUGGGGAUGCUCCUCUGGACCCUAACAGAGUACCUCCUCCACCGCUUCCUGUUCCAUAUGACACCCCCCAGCAACAGCUAUUACCUCAUCACGCUGCACUUCAUCUUGCACGGCCAGCACCACAAGGCACCCUUCGAUGAGUCCCGCCUGGUCUUUCCCCCUGUGCCAGCUUCCCUGGUGAUUGCCUUCUUCUACACAGGCUUACAGAUCAUCCUGCCUGAGGCGGUGGGGGGCACUGUGUUUGCCGGGGGCCUUCUGGGCUAUGUCCUCUACGACAUGACCCAUUACUACCUGCACUUUGGCUCGCCGCACAAGGGCUCCUACCUGUACAGCAUGAAGGCCCACCACGUCAGGCAUCACUUCGCACACCAGAAGUCAGGAUUUGGCAUCAGCACUAAAUUUUGGGAUUACCUUUUCCACACUCAUAUGCCGGAAGAACCCCACCUGAAGAUCCAGUGACAACUCCCAGCCCCACUGUGGCCCCUGCCCUAUCCCACUCCCAUCCAGACCCUGCAAAGGUGUGCCUGGCCAGGCAGGAUGAGCUUUGUCCAGCUCUUGGGCUUGGUGAAGGGUGCUGGGAGACCCUAGAGACUGAGACUGACCCUGAGACUUCCCUCCUAACCCACCACAUGAGGGUCACAUCCACUUGGGCCCUCAGGGACUAGCUCUUUCCUGCAGCAUCCCAGCCUUUCCACCAGCAUCUCUGCCCAGAGUCUUAGGCCACAGGACUGCUUUAGGACCCAGCCAAUAUCAGCCCCAAGGGGAAUGAAGGAAACGGACCCCUGUGACUUUCUGACAGGUCUGUGACCCACCUGUGUCUUAGCACCUCGGGCUCCCUGGGAGCCACUCCCACAGAAAGAGUGGGGUAUGCACGGCCUCUGGCCCUAGUCUUCCCCACCUUCCCUUCCUGAGGACGGUUUGAUGACUCUGGCUUUCUCCUGAUGAAUGGAGAACACUGAGGUGGAUGAAGAGCUCUCACAAGAAGAGAUAGCAUGAUGCCAUCCCAGGUCCCAGGGCAGUGCCUCUGUCCACUGCCAGUCACAAGUGCCAGCUGUACCACCAGAGGCCUCAGGCUGAGACACAUGCCGAGCCCUCGCCUGCCUGUGCAGAUGGGCCGAGGCUAGCUGGCCUUGGCCUCAAGGCUGACGGGAGUCAGGGCUCUUUCUUUAGGAACCACCAGCUGCUCUGGCCGUCUCUUCUCUGCCUCCAGAAUCACAAAGCUUUUCUCCAAGGGAGGCUAAAGAGGCCUCUCUAUGGGUGGGAGCCCCACCUCAUUUCUAUCCAUUCUUGACCACCACCUGCACAGGUGGGCCCCUGUCCCCUCACCCAGGACCCUUCCAACCAGUGCCUCCGUAGGCCAAGAAGGAGACUUUAUUCAGUGCCUUAUCUCCCUCCCCAUUUGCUUUCCUACCAACCCCCACCCCAGCAGAUGAGGUUCCAGCCCCUUUUUCCUCAUAACCAAAACCCUCACUGCUCAUAAGAGGGUCUUAUUUAUAAACUAUAUAAAUGCUCGAGUAGCUGCUCAGAUUGCCCUUUCUAAUCCUAUGUGUUGAGCUUAUGUAAACCUUUCAUCCUAUUUUUGUUCCCUUCUUACCCACAAACCAUUACUACUUGAAACUUCAAAAACUCCAUGAGCAUAAAGGCUAAAGAGAAGCAGUUUGACCGCUCCUGUGAUUUGUACUGUUUACUGUGGAGUUAUUUAAAGAUUUUGGAAUAAAUA